UACUAGACUCCCACUGCUACCAAUCACUGAGAACUUCCUCCCAACGAAAUCUCUUUUCCACAAAACGUGCAAAGUGACGGGUUAAGAAUGGUCGCCGUCGACAAAAAGAAAGCAGCCGCUAAGAAGCUGCCAGCUGUGCCCGAAUCCAAGUUGAAGGUGCAACAGAAGCGAAUCUGUGCACGAGCCUCGCUCAUCAACAGGAAGCUCAAGAAGCAAGCCAAGAUCUCGCUGCGUAAACGUGAAAACUUCUUGCGGGCGGAGAAAUACGCGCACGAAUAUGCCAAGGCUGAACGUCGUGAGGUGACUUUGCGCCGUUUUGCCAAGAAACGAGGGCUUUACUACGUUGCUGGUGAGCCUAAAUUGGCUUUUGUUAUGCGUAUUCGAGGUAUCAACAAGGUCGCCCCAAAAGUACGUAAAGUUCUGCAACUGUUCCGUUUGCGUCAAAUCAACAAUGGUGUCUUCAUCAAGUUGAACAAGGCCACCAUCAACAUGUUGCGUAUCUGCGAGCCCUACAUUACAUGGGGUUACCCGAACUUGAAAUCCGUACGCGAAUUGAUCUACAAGCGUGGCUUCGUCAAGCACAACAAACAACGCAAUCCAAUCACCGAUAACUUCGUGAUUGAACGUAAGAUGUUGAAGAAGUACAAUUUCCAAUGUGUCGAAGAUUUAGUUCAUGAGAUCUAUACCGUCGGCCCGAAAUUCAAAUACGCCUCCAACUUUCUGUGGCCAUUCAAAUUGAACACACCAACCGGUGGAUGGCGCAAGAAGAACAACCACUACGUCGAGGGUGGUGAUUUCGGUAAUCGUGAAGAUAAAAUCAACAAACUGUUGAGGAAGAUGGUGUAAGGCCGAUGCGCUCUAGUUUGUUCGAUUUUUUUAAGACAAAAUAUAUAAAAAAUGAAAAUCUAAAA